AUGCGUUUCCUCUACGCCGUCGCUACUGCCCUCCUCGCAGCUGUUGCCACUGCACAGCAGAACAAUGCCAUCAGUAUCCCUGAGGGUUCAAGCACUCUCCAAGUCACUGCCGGCCAACCUUUGGUUAUUGACUGGACCAACCCAUCAGAUGGCACCGUCACCAUCAAGCUCGUCCAAGAUCCCAUCACUCCUGAUAGCGGCAUUAUCCUAGCAUCCGGAAUUCCUGCGUCCGUUGGAAGUGCCACACUUCAAAUCCCAGAUGCUGCCGAUGUGAACUCGUUCCAGUAUACCAUUGAGAUCAUUGACGACACAGACCCAAGCAACAUAAACUUCUCUCCCAACUUUGGCAUCAUCGGCGCAACAGGCACUGCCACUGGAUCUGCAUCAACCGCAUCAGUCACCGGCAGCACCGUCAGUGGUUCUAGCACUGCAUCCACCACCGGCUCUGCGACCGACUCUACUGACACUUCCUCUGCGACCACCACCGACGAGAGCAGCUCCAGCACUCAAUCUGCCACCACCACAUCUGGCUCUUCCAGCACGAGAACAACUUCCACCUCGGCUUCUGCUGCUUCCCAGACCACCUCCGCUCCUUCCAGUGGCGCCGGUGUCAUGAGAGUCCAGGGUGGUCUCGUAGCCAUGGCUAUUGGUGUGGUCGCUGCAGUCAUGUAA